UAAAAAAAACUCCAUAGUCCUGCGGACACAAUUAUCAGUUCGAGUGCACAACAUAAUCGAAAAACUAUUAACAUCUGAGGGUCGGGAGCUGCGACGUGCAUUAUUCUCCCUCAAACAAAUUUUCCAAGAAGAUAAGGAUUUAGUUCACGAAUUCGUUCGAAACGACGGUUUAUCAUGUCUCAUAAAAGUCGGAUCCGAAGCAGAUCAAAAUUACCUAAAUUACAUUUUGAGGGCACUAGGUCAAGUAAUGCUUUACGUCGAUGGGAUGAACGGAGUCAUGGAACACAAUCAAACAAUCCAAUGGUUGUACAGUCUCAUUUCGUCAAAGUUCAGAUUGGUGGUGAAAACUGCGCUGAAAUUACUCUUAGUAUUCGUAGAAUAUGCCGACUCAAAUUGCUCUCUUAUGAUCAAAGCAAUUCACAGUGUUGAUUACUCUGAAGGAGUUCCUUUUUAUCAUAAUAUAAUGAAAUUAUUGAAGGACUUCGAGUUUGCUGAUACAGAACUUCUAAUUUAUGCCAUGACACUCAUUAACAGAAUUCUGAAUGGCGUGUCAGAUCAGGAUACGUUUUAUGACCAAAUAGACCCAUUAGAAGAACAAGGUCUUGAAACUGUCAUUCAGAGAUAUAUGUCCAAGCCUGGAACUGACCUAGAUCUAUUGCAGCAAUUUCAAAUUUAUGAAGCAGUUCUCCAAUACGAAGAUGGUGAAGACCUUAAUGGAUCAUAUUUGGGACGUCUAGAUGAUAGUAUUAUGAAAAUGAAAAGGAACAGAAAAUCGGUAGUGGAUUCAACAGAGAGGAGGAAGAGCAGGCGGCACUCCACAGGAAAUAGUCCAAUAUAUCCUACGAUGAUCACGAAGGGAAGCAGUCCUACCUUACAAACUAAUAAAGAGGAUAAAGAUUCUGAUUCAUCUAGUUCGCAGUCCUCUUCCAUGAACACAAACUUAAGAGGGAGUAACAAUAAAAGCGACAAAGCUACUGAUGCUGGAGUCACCCCUGCGUUGAAGAGGCGGAGAGAAAGAGCUGAACGACAACAAGGUUUUAUAAAGGAACAAGAAUGCACUGCAUUCUUCAACGAGGGAAACAACGAAAAUGGAAAUGGAAUCUAUGGGGAUACUAAUCAGAGGUUCCCGAACAGAAGUAGAGUACUUCAAAACAACUCAAAUGGAAGAGACAUAAUAUCGACAAUAAAUAAUUCAGAGGAGAACCAACCAUGGAUGUGUUCCACAAUAAAUGAUCAAGAAACCCUGCUCGAGUCAGACUGUACGAACGAUAACGAACGGAGUCUAUUGCUCCAAAUGAAGAGAGAAAACACCGUUAAAGACCUUACCCAAAAGCUUGCUAAUCAGACCAUCCUCCACAGUCCUUCAGAAGAAAACAAAAUGAACAGAAUUGGUGACAUGUCGGGACUAAUAUCGAAAGCGAAAGAAGGUCUGGCUAAAUCGAAAACGAAAGCUGAGUUACUCAAGCAACCAAAUAAUGAACAUGUUCCAAAAGUGGAAACGAAAAAGUCUGAAAAUGAAUUGAGGUGGGAAGAACUCACCGGAAAUUUAAACCGAUCUCUAUGUUUAUGUGAUAUGGACUUCACUGAUUUGGCUAGUGAAGACGAAGUAGAUAUUUUGGCACCAAUCAGGGUUGGUAAUGGGAUACCUCCACCUCCUCCUCUGAUGGACGAUAUGGGAAGUGCUCCUCCUCCCCCUCCUUUAGUGAACAGGAUAGCUCCACCAAUUCCUGCGGUUAUAGGCCCCAAUUUCCAGAGAUUGAACAGGUCGCCAGAAACAAAAACUCCCAUAAAGAAAAAUAAGAAAACGGUGAAGUUGUUUUGGAAAGAAGUUCGAGAUGAAUCUGUGAGUCAUGUGAAGCUGAAAAGCGGUUUUAUUUGGGAUGAGUUAUAUCCAGUUAGUGUGGAUACCCAAAAGUUGGAACACUUGUUCGAAACUAGGGCCAGAGAUCUAAUUACAAAGAAGCAACAGGAGAUGAAUAAAAACAAGGAAAUAAUUGUCUUGGAUCCAAAACGAUCGAACGCCAUAAAUAUAGGUAUGACAAAAUUGCCUCCUUCAAGGUCAAUAAAAACAGCAAUAUUAAAAAUGGACGCCACCAUCAUGAACAGAGAAGGUAUCGAUAAGCUUCUUACCAUGUUGCCCACAGAAGAGGAAAGAACCAAAAUUCAAGAUGCACAAGCAGCUAAUCCAGACUUACCACUAGGCAGUGCUGAACAAUUUCUUCUCACAUUAGCUUCAAUAUCAGAACUUCCAGCCAGGUUGAAACUCUGGGCUUUCAAAUUAGAUUUUGAAAAUUCUGAGAGGGAAAUUGCUGAGCCCCUGAUGGAUCUCAAACAAGGGAUGGAGGUACUUCGUGGAAAUUACACAUUUCGAGGAAUUUUGAGCACUCUUCUCUCUGUUGGGAAUUUUCUCAAUGGUAAUGAGGUCAAAGGGUUCCAAAUUGAUUAUCUUGCCAAAGUACCUGAAGUUAAAGAUACUGUUCACAAGCACUCUCUGCUACAUCAUCUUUGCCAUAUUGUGAUGGAAAAGUUUCCUAACGCUACUGAUCUUUAUUCAGAAGUAAGUAUAAACACUUUUGCAUUAGAUGUUGAUAAACAUAAUCUUAAAAAUAAUAAAUUUCACAAGUUUUUACUGUGGUUAGGAAUUCCUCUACACCAGAUAUUCGAAACAAAACCCAAUGAAUUCUGUAGGAUAGUAUCAGAGUUCGCUCUAGAAUAUAGAACAACCAGGGAAAGGGUAUUGCAACAGCUGGAAAAGAAAGCAAAUCAUAGGGAGAGGAAUAAGACCAGAGGAAAGAUGAUAACUGAUGUCGGAAAGUUCAAAAGUAAAGAAGAUAGAGCAGAUGCAGAGUUACGGACACUAUUGGGUAGCGAUUUAUCCGAUGUGGAGAGUUUACAGGGAACUUUACCUUGGAGGAGAACUCGUAGGGAUGGGAACAAUUCAUUCAAGCGCACCACUAAUGGUAACUUUACGGAUGAUGACGAUGAAAUUCUUGAAAGUUUAGUCAAGUCUGCUACAAAAGUUUCAUCAACUAGGAACACGCCAAGAGAACGGAAAAGAACCCGACAUAUUGAAAGGAAGUCUCUUCGUAGGACAUUGAAAAACGGCCUUUCUGAGGAAGAGAAAAAACAUCUAUCUCUCUACAUAGAAGGAUAUCAUCUCUGAUCUGCGAAUACGUCUAAUACUCAAGCUUUCAUGUGACAUUUCAAUGUGAUAUUUUUGUGGCUGCUCACUCAUUUUUUGUUUGUAUUUAUUAAUGAACACCUAAUGAUGUAUAGUUCAAGUUUUAUAGUUACUUUUUAUUUAUUUGAAUAUUGUUAAAGAUCAAGAACACCUACGAAUGGUUGUUAAAGUUUUCAAGUUUUGUUUUUGAAAUUGUUACUAGUUUUGACCAAUUGCUUUUUUCUCCAACAAUCAUCCUUUUCAACAGCUAACUCUCGAGUAAUCAUAUUGUACGAAUAACAAUGACUUCAAAAGACUUCCUUCAUUUUUUACUCUUUCGAAAUACUGCCGAAUGAAUGAAUAACUUACCUACUGUUCACAUGAAAUAUUCAAAUAUACACCAAUUUAUUGAAA